UAAUCCACGAAUCGGUUAAGAUACUAUCUUAAAUCGUGUUAUAAUCUCAUCUGUAGUGAAAAAUGCGUACCCCUACGCAUAGGCUGUAGGGUGUUAGUUUGUUCACCCUAUAAAUCCACCUUGGGACAUGAUACGCGCAUGUGUUGUCUCCGUCUUAUAAGUGCGUAAAAACUAUCAUGUUACGCACUUGCAAGACGGAGACAACUUACGCAUGCACGUAUCACGUCCUCUUAAAAUCACGAUGUAGAUAAAACCGACAGUGAUAAGAACUUGCCCACAUGCCAAAAGAGCAUGGUUUAAGAUCACAGAAAGGAUAUUAUUAUACCAGAAUUAGUGACUAUUAAGAUUAUUAUUUAGAACCACGGACUAAGAACUAAGAUAUCUUAGUCCGUGUUUAGAACUAAUUCCAAACAGCAACGGCUGCAAUAUGGGUAUUGAAAAAGCUAAUAAAUCAAAAAAUAGAAGAGCAUUUCUUAAAUGGAAAAAAGGAAAAAAAUUGGAGUCAAUACGAACAGCAAAUGUUCAAAAAGCUUCUGCGCCUAAGAAACCUGAGAAAACAACUGAACCACUUCCUUUAUCCCAGACUUUGGCUGAAUUUGUAAAAAAAACCGAAUCAAUGCAAGCCGGAUUUGUUGAAGUUGAAGAUGUUGAAGAUGAAUCGGGUUAUAAAAAUGUUGUGAAAUUGGAUAAUAAGACUUUUAAAGAUGAAUUCAGAAAAGUGGUUAGUGCUGCUGAUGUUGUUUUAGAGGUAGUUGAUGCACGUGAUCCAUUAGGCACCAGAUGUAAACGAGUGACAGAAUCAGCUCAAGACUUGGGGAAAAAACUUGUUGUGGUAUUAAAUAAAACCGACUUGGUCCCAGCCGAAAUAGUCCGUGAUUGGCUGUCCUAUUUUAGAGGACAAUUAGGAACCCCUGCAGUGCCAUUCAAAGCUAGUACUCAACAAGCUGGUUCGCGAAUUGGUCAUAGGAAAAUGAACAAGUGUAAAAAAGAUACAGAAAAAGCUAUUAGCCUUUGUGUUGGUGCAGAAUUAGUCAUGACACUUUUAGCCAAUUACUGUCGUAGUGAAAAAAUGAAGACAUCAAUCGUUGUAGGUGUUGUAGGUAUGCCGAAUGUUGGCAAAAGUAGUUUGAUUAAUAGUUUGAAAAGGUCCAGAGCGUGUCAAGUUGGAGCUGUCCCUGGUGUGACCAAAAACAUGCAAGAGAUUCAGUUGGAUAAACAUAUUAAACUACUGGAUUGUCCAGGUGUAGUUUUAGACAAAACAUCUACUACCAAUAGUGUAGGAUUGAAAAAUGUUGUAAGUUCUGGAAAUAUUGAAGAUCCUAUCGCUUGUGCUGCUACAAUUGUGGGACGUGUAACUAAAGAUCAGAUGCAAAAGCUUUAUGGAAUUGGACAAUAUGAUUCAUGUGAACACUUUUUGUAUUUAAAAGCUAGACGGUUUGGAAACAUUGGCCGUGGUGGAAUUCCUGAUAUAUUUACUUCAGCCCGUAGCUUGGUUGAAGAUUGGAAUCGUGGAAAAAUAAGAUAUCACACCCUUCCGCCUGAAAUUGAAGCAGUCCAUUUAAGUGCACAAAUUGUUACUAAUGUAACAGAUGUAUUUAAUUUGGAUAAUGUGCAACGAAUAGAAACAGAAUUCAUGGAAGAACUUGCCAAGUUACAACCCGAAUCAACCAGUGAAGGAGUGAAAACAGAUACAAUGGAUGUAGAUGGAAAAUCAGUGGUAGUAGUUGAUGAUGGUGUACAAACAAAAAAAUCUGGAAAAUUACGAUGGAGGAAAAAGAAGAAAUCGGAGCCCAUGGAAAUGAAAAUUGAUUUACAACCGGGUGUCUUAAAAUUGAAAAAAUUACAAAAGGCGAAUGCUAAAAAACAACGAAAGACAGCAUCUAGGUUGAUUAAAUGUGAAAAACUAUUAGAUAAUAUUGAUUUACUGUAGGACUUAAAAGUUAACAAAUUUAAUUUGCAUUAAAUGUAAUUUGAGUGUA